AUGAUCCACACUGGAGAGAAACCAUUCACAUGCACUCAGUGUGGGAAGAGUUUCAGCCAAUCAUCACACCUUAACUAUCACAUGAAAAUACACACUGGAGAAAAACGAUUCACAUGCACUCAGUGUGGGAAGAGUUUCAGGCAGUCAUCAUCCCUUACUCUACACAUGAUGAUCCACACUGGAGAAAAACCAUUCACAUGCACUCAGUGUUGGAAGAGUUACAGCCGAUCAUCACAUCUUUAUCAACACAUGAGGAUCCACACUGGAGAAAAACCAUUCACAUGCACUCAGUGUGGGAAAAGUUUUAACUUCUCAUCAACCCUUUAUAAACACAUGAAGAUCCACACUGGAGAGAAACCAUUCACAUGCACUCAGUGUGGGAAGAGUUUUAACUUCUCAUCAACCCUUUAUAAACACAUGAAGAUC